AUGACAGAGGCCUGGGGCACCUUGAUUCUCGCCUUCGUCAUCUUCGGCAUCACCAACGGCCGAAACAAGGUGCUUGGCAGCGCGGAGCGCGUCGGCGUUCCCUUCGUUAUCGGCAUGACGGUGGCCGUCCUCCUCCCGCUGUAUGCACCGAUCACUCAGGCUGGGUGGAACCCGGCGCGAGACUUUGGCCCUCGCAUCGUUGCGGUGCCUUGCAAACGGCUUUGGAACACCCGACAAUGUCUACUCCUGUGUAAUGCCAAGCAUGACAACGCGCGGUGCAUGCAAAGUUUCGGGGCAUGUGUCCCAGUUAAUUGUUGGACUCGUCAUCCGGAUUUGCUUCGGAAGUUUAGGGUCAGGCAGGCUGCGCGAAGCAGAACUCUGCCGCUGGUAGGAGUUAGAUUCCAGAAGCCGUCAACUCUACAGCGGGCAUAG